AUGAUGCCAAGUCUCAACUCUAGUGGGGUCCCUGGCUUAGGCUCUGGCACUGUCUCUGUGCCUAACCCAGAUGUGGCCCUUGUUCCUAUCUUGAAUAUACCCUUGAGUUCUGGCUUGGCUCUUAUUCCAGACCUUGACCCAGCUCUGAGUCCUGAUACAGGGGAAGCCCCUGGCCUUGUGUCUGAUAACACUCCCAGACCUGGAGACACAAGAACCCUGGUUCCAGACUCCCUCCAGACCUUCAGUUCCUAUUCUGGUGAUCCCCUGGCUCUGGAUUCUAAUCACAUCUCAAAGCCUGACUCCCAUGGGACCCUCUGUCCUACCUCAAAUCUCAUUCUGAACCCUGGCUCUACUGAGGUCCCUGAUCUGAGCUUGGGCAACCACUCUGGACCAAAUGUCACAGAGACUUUCUCAUCCCUAUCAAACAAGAUUUUUGAAUUGGGUCAGAGUAACUCCAAUCCUUCCAGGCCAGAAUCUAAUCUAUAUAUAAGGCCCUAUUCAAAAGAGACCUUGGUUAUGGGCCAUAACAUUUCCAGGCCAACCUCAAAAGCACUCCUUGUUCCAGCCUUAAGCACUUCUCUGGAUUCUGACUCAGGAAAUGUGUCUAAGCUGAACCUGGAUGCUGUUCCAGGGACCCCUAUCUCAGACACAAGCGAGGCCAUCACUUUGACUUCCCACAACACCUCUGUGUCUGUUUCUAAUGGAGCCUUGGAUGCAAUCUGGAAGACGAGCUCCAGGGGCACUAUCAACAUGGUUUCAAAUGACAAUCCGAGAUCUCAGGGGAACAUGACCCUCACUAAGACUUCGUGUGUAACCCUGAAUCCCAGCUCCAAUGAUGGUAUCAGUCUACACUCCAGCAUCCAUGGACCCAACUCUGUUCUCUCACCAACCUCGUUCAUGACCCUGGUCCUGGACUCCAAAGAGACCCUAAGCACUGGCUCCAGCCUCAUCUUUAGUGACACCUCCACCUUGACAUUAAGCAGCCAGCAGGAUUAUUCUGAGGACAGCAGCGUUUGCACCAUACCCCUGGAUGGAAGUUUGGAUAGCCAGAGUGAGGUGGCCAGUGUCAAGGUGGGCAAGUUCCCAUUGAGCUUUUCCACCUCUGAUACCAAGGACAAGGACACCACUGUCUUCCAAAACAUCCCUGAGGGAGUCUUUGAUGAAGUGCCCUCAUGCCUGGUGAAGAUGCCUGGAGAGGAUGGCAGCAACAUGGUCGAGAAUGUCAUCACUCUCCAGAAGAGUCAGAAUCUGUUGGAAUCAGAAGGAGAGAAGAAGAUUGUAAUGAAGAAGAUGAUGAGACAGAUCCAGGAGGAGCCGCUGGAUUCCCUCUCAAGCUCUGUCCGCCGGCAGGCCAUGGAGACCCUGACCCAGCUGAGUCACAGGCAGCCAGUCCUUGGGGUGCGAGAGAAGUCAGAGCUGGUGAAUGCAUGCGUGAAGAGCGUGUUCUCCCUGCCUUCCAUGCAGGCCAUGCAGGAGAAAGAUGAGGCCAAGGCUGAGGCCACACAGGUACUUUACCAUCAGACCUUGGAUGCCCUGAAGGCAUUGCUCAAUGCCCUCCUUAUUGAAGACCCCACUCCUGCUGGACUGAAGAGCAUCUUGGAGCCCCUGGGGCCCUGGAUGAACUCUGGGAAAGCCCAUGAGCGAGCACGGGCUGUUAACACCACUGUCUCCUUGUUGAACCACACCGUUCUGAUCCCGCCUUUCUUUAUGUCCUCGGGGUUCCCGGCACUGGGGCUUCUGCUGGGGAGACUCAUCCUUCGCAUCGGGGAUCCUGACGAGGACAUUGGCCGGGAAGCUCUGGACGGCAUCAUCAUCCUUUAUACCAUCCUGGAGCUCCAAAAGCGAGCCGCAGACAAGGAGGAAACCAACAAGAAGGAGCUCUAUGAGAGCAACAAGCGCUUCCUGGGGCCCUACAACCCCGUCAGCCCAUGCCAGAACAUCCUGCGUGUGAUAGCGGAAUUUGGGGACUUCCUGGGACCCCAACAGGUAAAAGACCUGCUGCUAGCAGCCCUAGAAGGGCUGAACGGAGACUCAGAGGCUCUCAGGAAGGACUCGGGGGAGAUGAUGCAGCUGGCCUCGGAGGUGACGCUCAGCUCAGUGCUGGAGUGGUACCGGCACAGGGCACUGGAUGUGAUCCCAGAAAUCAUGCAGGGCAUCUACGUGCAGCUGAGCCACAUCCAGGAGCCACGGGCCCGUGAGGUGGCCUUGCUGCCCAUCUCUUUCCUGGCCAGCUCCUUUAUGACUGAGGUCGUUGUGGCCCUGCUCAUGUGCCCCCUCCCGCUGGACAGCAAUGGAGCAGAGAUGUGGAGGCAGCUGAUAUUGCGCAAGCCCAGCUGUGAUGUCCGAGACCUCCUGGAUCUGCUCCUGACCAGCCUGAAGGAAAAGCCUGUCACCAAGAAGGGCCGGGUCUCCAUCGUGCCCCUAGCGGCAGCCAGCGGCCUGUGUGAGCUCCUGUCUGUCAACAGCUGUGUGGGCCGCGUGAGGCGCAUCUACCCUCAGCUGCUGCUGGCCCUGCUCAUUCAGGUUCAUUACCACAUUGGCCUCAACCUUCCUGGUCGCGUGGCCUCCCGCAAGGACACCAAGAAGGAUGCACAGCCCCCUGCCUUUGUGCCUGUCUGCUGGGUGGUGAAAGUGGUGAAAACCCUGUUGCUAAAGAUGGGCUGCUCCUAUGAGGCCACCUUUCUGGAGGAUCAAGCCAUGGUGCGCUACUGUUGCCAGGAGUUGUGCCGUAUCCUCUAUCUGCUCAUUCCACUCCUGGAGCGAGGCGACGAGAAGCACAAGAUCACCGCCACCGCCUUCUUCGUGGAGCUCCUCCAGAUGGAGCAGGUGCGGCGGAUCCCCGAGGAGUACUCUCUGGGGCGGAUGGCAGAAGGCCUGAGCCACCGUGACCCCAUCAUGAAGGUGCUGUCCAUCCGUGGUCUAGUCAUCCUGGCCCACAAGACUGAGAAGAUAGCCAAGGUACAGGCCCUCAUGCCCUCCAUGGUGAAGGGCCUGCAAAGCGUGGAUGGGCAGCUAGUGGUGGAGGCGGUCCACAACCUCAAGACUAUCUUCAAGGGGCAGGGCCGGAAGCUUUCAGAUGGCUCCGUCUUUGUGGAGAUGCUGCAGGUCCUGCUGCCACACUUCAGUGACUCGCGAGAAGACGUGCGUUGCUCGUGUAUCAAUCUGUAUGGGAAGGUGGUCCAGAAGCUGCGAUCCCCACGCACCCCGGCCAUGGAGGAGAAGCUGAUCAGCGCCUUGGUGCCCAUACUACUGGUCAUGCAGGAGGGCAAUGCCAAAGUGAGCCAGAAAUGUGUGAAGACCUUGUUUCGCUGUUCUUGCUUCAUGGGUUGGGAGUUGCCAAAAAGAGCUUAUAGCCGGAAGCCCUGGGACAACAAUCAAAAGACAGUGGCCAAAAUCUGCAAGUACCUCGUGAACACUCACCGAGACGGUGCCUUCAAGUUCCUCAACCAGAGCCUGGAGUACACCAAGAACUCCCGGGCCUCCCUCCGGAAGUACUCAGUCAUGUUUAUAGGGUCCCUGGUCCCCUGUAUGGAGAGCAUAAUGACAGAAGAUUGCCUGAAUGACGUUAAAGCCGCUUUAGAAAACCUGAGACAUGACCCAGAAGCAUCAGUGUGCAUCUAUGCGGCCCAGGCCCAGGACCACAUCCUGGCCAGCUGCUGGCGGAACUCCUGGCCACUGCCACAUGGAGACUUGUGGGUGUGUGACCCAGCCACCACACACCGCUGGAGCCCCAGCUGCGAGAACCUGCCCACUUCCCAUCAGCGGCGCUCCUGGAUCUUACAUGCACUGAGUUCCUGGAAGAUGUCCCGGAAGCAGUGA